UCAUCAUUCUUCUGAGUGGCAAAGAGGGAUUUCCACGUCCCGAAGCCCUCCAGUCACUGACCUGACCGUUGAUGUGCUGGAAGUUUAUCAAGAAGGAACAAACACGCCUCCAGAUUCUCUUGAGAGUAAACUGCAAGUGAACUUCAACUCCAAGACAUGUGAAAACAGCCCAGCGUGUGAAUGAUGGUUGAGUGGUUUCAAGUUAGGCAGCCCGGUAAUUUGGAUUGAACAAUGCUUUGGCUGCAACAAAUUGUAGUGAUAGAACAUAUGGUUGUCGGGCUUUGCGUUUGAUCUUCUGCUCCAAGGUUGAGGAUGCCUUCCCAAGGAGGAAAGAAAAAAGGAAAGAGAACUGGGUAGAAGAAAAUGGACUUCACCCAUCACUGAAAUAUUUUGUACCUGAAGCACAACCACCUUGAGAGAAGAACAUGGUGGCCGCUCUUCACAGUCACCUGACUAAUGGGCUUGGGUUUGCUCCUGCCUCAGAGGGAAAUACAACACCACCGAGAGGACCCCCCACAGCACCUGCACACUCACAGCCAAGCCUGGGCUCGGCCCCCGCGGACAUAUGAGAAAAGAGGACCUGCCAGAGCCACCAAGAGGGUGGGAGGCUGGCUGUUGCCAGGUCCACCCACGUGGAUCACAAUGACCGCAUGAGGUCAUGGAAUGUUGAAGAGGUGAAAUGAUAGUGGGUCCUAAGUCACAAAGUCGCAGGCGGGUGGGCAUCCUUUCGACAGGGCUCCCAGGAAUCGAGCUGUACCACUUUCCCUGAUGAUCCGGGGAAGGAGCUACUUCUCCCAGACAGAGUUGGAGUCCAAUCCAUGCCUAUCCUCUUCCCACCAAAGCCCCCUCUCCCCAGGGCUUUCUGGGAUGAAAGAAUAACUCCAGGUCCCCCGCCCCGGGAUUUGUCUGUAAGGGAAUGGACAGGUGUGCUUCUUAGGGGAGCAGCAGAAAGGUGGCAAGAAGCUGGCAGCAGCCCCCGAGAGAGCCCUGACACCAUGGACAAUGAUGAGCCUCUUGAGCCUGAGACAAAAGAUGAACCCGAAACCGAACCAGCGCCACAGAACAGUGAUGAAACCCUCUACUGUGAGGCCGAGGCCUCCGGGGCUGUGGAAAAAGAGAAGGCAGCCUGGGAGAGCUCAGAAACCGACCUGGAGAUCGAAGAUAUGGAGAAAUUUUUCACCACUGGACAAAGGGAGCUAUACCUGGAGGCCUGCAAACUGAUGGGUGUAGUGCCUGUCUCCUACUUUCUUCGGAAUAUGGAGGAGUCCUACGUGAACCUCAGCCACCAUGGGCUGGGCCCCAACGGUACUAAGGCUGUUGCUACAGCCCUGGUGUCCAACACGAGUGUCAUCACGCUGGAGCUGGCAGACAACUGUCUCAUGGAGGAGGGCCUCCUGAGCCUGGUGGAGAUGCUUCAAGAGAAUUACUACCUGCAGGAGAUGAAUAUUUCCGACAAUGAUCUUGGCUUGAAGGGGGCCAGAAUAAUCUCAGAAUUCCUUCAGAGAAAUACCUCUUCGCUCUGGAACCUCCAGCUUUCAGGAAAUAACUUCAGGGAUGAAUCCGCAGAAUUGUUGUGCCAAGCCCUGUCGGCCAAUUACCAAAUCAAGACGCUGGAUCUCAGCCACAACCAGUUCUCUGAUAAGGGAGGAGAGCACGUGGGCCAGAUGCUGGCCCUCAAUAUAGGGCUCCAGUCACUGGAUCUGAGCUGGAAUCACUUCUGCAUACGGGGAGCUGUGGCCUUGUGCAAUGGUCUCUGGGCUAAUAUGACCCUGCAGAAACUGGAUCUCUCUAUGAACGGCUUUGGGAACGAGGGGGCUACGGCCCUAGGGGAGGUCCUCAGACUCAACAACUCCCUGGUCUACCUAGACAUCAGCAGCAAUGGCAUCAGCAACGACGGAGUCUCCAAAAUCAGCAAAGGGCUGGAGGUCAAUGAGAGCCUCAAAGUUCUGAAGCUUUUCCUGAACCCUAUGAGUAUGGAUGGGGCUGUUUUACUUAUCCUGUCCAUCAAGAGGAACCCCAAAUCCAAGAUGGAAGAGAUCGACAUUUCCAAUGUGCUGGUGUCUGAGCAGUUCCUAAAAAUAUUGGAUGGGGUGUGUGCCAUCCACCCCCAGCUGGAUGUGAUCUACAAGUCAGUGCAAGGCUUCUCUGCCAAGAAAGCACUCCUCCAGUGGACGAACCCCAUGAAAUUGAUCCAGAGCUACGCCGACCAGCACAGAAUCACAGUCGUGGACUUCUUCAGGAGCUUGAACCCUAAAGGAAUGAUGACGAUGCCUGUGGGCGACUUCCGGAAAGCUAUGAUACAGGUGUGCUGA